CCGCGCCGCCACCAUGUCCGUGGCCUUCGCGUCCGCGCGGCCGAGAGGCAAAGGGGAGGUCACGCAACAGACCAUCCAGAAGGAGCUUCUGAGAGUCUCCAGGCAAGUGUUCAUUCGAGGGCUUCCUGGAACGUCAGAUAAAGAGGGCGUGAGCUGACUGCAUCCUGUGCAGGUGGCCCACCAGCUGACCGCCCAAGUGGGUCUUCUGCUGAGGGUGUCAGCUGACUCCACCUGGUACAGCCAGCAGUCUCCUUCGGGCCUCAGUGAUUCGAUAGCAUGUAUGUGUACACGAGGACUUUUGCUGCAGGUCUGAAAAGGAUGCUGGAUGAGAACCACCACCUGAUCCAGUGCAUCCUGGACUACCAGAGCAAGGGCAAGACGGCCGAGUGCGCGCAGUACCAGCAGAUCCUGCACCGGAAUCUGGUCUACCUGGCCACCAUAGCAGACUCCAACCAGAACAUGCAGUCCCUGCUCCCCGCCCCACCAACCCAGAACAUGAACCUGGGCCCCGGAGGGCUGAGUCAGGGUGGCUCCAGCCAAGGCCUGCAUCCCCAGGGCAGCCUCAGCGACGCCAUCAGCACUGGCCUCCCCCCAGCCUCGCUCAUGCAAGGCCAGCUUGGCAACGGUCCAAACCAUGUGUCCAUGCAGCAGACAGCACAAAGCACGCUUCCUACGACCUCCAUGAGCAUGUCUGGCAGCGGCCACGGUACUGCCCCUGGCUACAGCCACUCGGGACCUGCCUCGCAGAGCGUCCCCAUGCAGGGUCAAGGUGCCAUUGGCAGCUACGUGUCUCGGACCAACAUCAACAUGCAGUCCAACCCAGUUUCCAUGAUGCACCAGCAGGCGGCUACGUCCCACUACAACUCAGCACAGGGCGGAAGCCAGCACUACCAGGGUCAGUCAUCCAUCGCCAUGAUGGGCCAGGGUGGCCAGGGGAGCAGCAUGAUGGGGCAGCGGCCCAUGGCGCCCUACCGGCCACCCCAGCAAGGCUCUUCCCAGCAGUACCUGGGCCAGGAGGAGUACUACAGCGAGCAGUACAGCCACAGCCAGGGCGCCUCGGAGCCCAUGAGCCAGCAGUACUACCCGGACGGCCACGGUGAUUACGCCUACCAGCAGUCAUCCUACACGGAGCAGAGCUACGACCGCUCGUUUGAGGAGUCCACACAGCACUACUAUGAGGGGGGGAACCCCCAGUACAGCCAGCAGCAGGCCGGGUACCAGCAGGGUGCGGCCCAGCAGCAGACAUACCCCCAGCAGCAGUACCCGAGCCAGCAGAGCUACCCCGGACAGCAGCAAGGCUACGGGCCUGCCCAGGGAGCCCCCUCGCAGUACUCCAGCUACCAGCAAGGACAAGGCCAACAGUACGGAAGCUACAGAGCCUCGCAGACGGGACCCUCGGCCCAGCAGCAGCGCCCAUACGGCUAUGAGCAGGGCCAGUAUGGAAAUUACCAGCAGUGAGGGGCAAGCAUUCUUGUUGGAGCCCUUGUGGCAGCGAGUCCGCCUGUGGACGGAUGGGCCAGUGACAUUGAGCGGAAUUGGCCGCGUCGGUUCUCCUUUGCCCUGUGCCACGUCUGCGUGUGAAGCGUGCUCAUUUCAUGCUGGGUAUGACGUUGAGCGUGCGUUGCUGGCGCGAGGCAGCGCUGCGACGGUGUGACAUACUUGGUGCUGUACAUAGUAUUAUAUGUCAAUACAACGGAGAGGUUGUCCCUUCUUUGUCCCCUGCCCCCUUUCGAUGUCCUAGCUAGCUUGGGGGUCAUCUUGUUACCAGUGUUCUGUGUCCAGAAAUGGGACAUGUCUAAACGGCUCCAUAACCCAUGUGUCCACGUCAACAGACCUGGGUCUUCUCCCUCUCCUCAUGCCAGGGUCACACUGGGUUGUAAAUGUUUCUGUGACUGGCUGCCCACCGGAUGGAUGCCUGCAGCCCUGGGUGGCACCUCGGCGGUGCUGCACAGGGGCUGGGACGCGGCCUGUGUUUUGGGCCAGUUUCUGUUACGCCAUAAGAAGGAUGAACAUGCUUCCCCCGGAGAGGCUGGAGCCACUCUCCUGAGCUUGCCCCUUGCUUGUGCUCUGGCUAACCCCGUUGAUCCAAAAAGGUGUACGUGUUUGUAUUGCAAAAUGAAGAGGGAUCAGUGAAGGUAUUGCAAGUAAAUAGGAGUCCGUGAGGGCAGUGCGUGACCAGCCCAGUGGUGGGGCCCUGUGACGCGCACCUCAGUGGGCCGCCUGUGUCACUGGAAGCCCUGCGAGGCUCGCCACCGGGGUCGGCCUGACCCGGGGUGUGGCGUGGCCGAAGACUUGGGCAGCUCUCCGCCAGCCGGGCUGCAGGGGCUGUGCUGUCUCUGGCCUGUGAUGAUCUGACAUCAUUUUUAGGGUUCGAAUAUUUAAUAUACCCAAUCCUAAACAGAGGUGACUUAGAGUAUUGAUACCAAAUUUUCCAAACAGUUGGCAAGUUUUUUAUUUCAUAUUAUUUCUUCUAGGACCUACUUGUUCAGAUCUCCAAGCAAGUGUCCCUUUUCUUUUAGGGAUGUCUGAAAUCAUAUCCUAUUUUUAAAAAUUAUUCCAGUAACUUUACUGUAUUCAUUUGAAUGAAAACUAAAGGUUUUACAUUGUAAAAUUUGAGUGGUUUUUACACCCCUUAGACGCUCUGUGCAGCACACUUGGAAAGCAGCCGAAUGAAAACCCGUGUCUCCACUGACACAUAGUGUGGGCAUUUGAUCAGCUUUGAAUAAUAAAACCAUAUUUACUUUUGACUCCUUUAAAAAAAAUAAAAAAAAAAACCCUUCAGAUAAAUGCUGUUGUAUUUCUGAGAACUACCAGGAAAGUACAAAAUACAUUCAAUGCUUGAUACAUCAGGUCUGCUGAAGAUGUUUUUCUUUAAUUGAUAAUUGCAAUGUUUUAAAAAUUAAAAGUGACUUUUAUUCAGAA